AUGAGCUAUAAUGCUGAUGAGGAUCAGAUCAAGGAUAAGCUGGAACAGUUGAGAUGUCACUUUACAUGGGAGUUGAUCAUUGAAGAGACAGAAAUACCGGAUUUAGAAAACAGGGUCUGGGAGCAGAUUACAUUCCUGGACACCAACUACAAGGUGGGAAUACACAACUUACUGGCCUAUGUGAAACACCUGAAAGGCCAGAAUGAGGAAGCCCUGAAGAGUUUACAAGAAGCUGAAGACUUAACCCAGCCAGAACAUGCCAACCAAUCAGAAGUGAGAAGUAUGGUUACCUGGGGCAACUACGCCUGGUUGCAUUACCAUAUGGGCCAACAGGCAGAAGCCCAGAUUUACCUGGACAAGGUGAAGAACACCUGCAGGAAACUUACGAAUUCCUCCAGCUAUAGAACGGAGUGUCCUCAGAUGGACUGUGAGGAAGGAUGGGCCUUGCUGAAAUGUGGAGGAAAGAAUUAUGAACGGGCCAAAGUCUGCUUUGAAAAGGCUCUGGAAGCGGACCCCGAAAACCCUGAAUUCAGCACUGGGUAUGCAAUCGUUGUCUAUCGCCUGGAUGGCUUUAACAAAGCACCAGAGAGUAGUGGCGAAUUUUGUCUGAACACCCUAAAACAGGCAGUCAGGCUAAAUCCAAAUAAUGCAUACAUUAAGGCUCUUCUUGGCCUGAAGCUUCAAGAUGUAGAUCAAGAAGCUGAAGGAGAAAAGUACAUCGAAGAAGCACUGACCAGUGCAUCCUCAAAGACCUAUGUCUAUCGGUAUGCUGCCAAGUUUUACCGAAGAAAAGGCGUUCUGGAUGAAGCUCUUCGGCUCUCAAAAUUGGCCUUGAAGGAAACCCCCUCCUCUGCUUUCCUGCAUCACCAGACAGGGCUUUGCUACAAGUCACAAAUAAUCGAAAUAAAGAAAGUUACAAACUGUCAGCCUAAAGGACAGGAUAAAGAAAACAUCAACAGAAUAGUACCACUAGCCAUAGAACAUUUCGAACAUGCUGUGCAACUAAAGCCCACAUUUGAGUUUGCUUAUACAAGCCUGGCAGAAAUGUAUGCAGAAGCAGGUAACCACAGAAAAGCUGAAGAUACUUUUCAAAAAGUGCUCUGCAUGAAAUCACUCGACAAAGAAAUGCUGCAACACAUACAUUUCCACUAUGGCCGAUUUCUGGAAUUUCACAAAAAGUCUGAAGUUGAUGCAAUUAGCCAUUAUUUAAAAGCAAUAAAAAUAGAAAACGCAUCAAUAGAUAAGGAUAAAAGCAUCAAUUCUUUGAUGAAAUUGGCUUCAAAGAAACUCCGGAGAAAUGCAUCAGAUAUAGAAAGCUUGAGUAUCCUUGGGUUCAUCCACAAAGUAAAAGGAGAAAUUAAUGAAGCCCUGGAGUAUUAUGAGCAGGCCCUGAGGCUGGCUCCUGACUUGGAGAUGUCUGUGCCUGUGACCCCUAGGCACUGA